AUGAAAUUCUCUGCUAUUCUUGUUAUUUUUGCUAUUUUCGCAUUAUUAGCAAUUGACGUUUCCGCAAAAAAAAAAUCUUGCAUCCAAAAACUCAACGCUCUAGAUGCUAAAGCCUCGAAUAAAAAAUUCAAAAAACUUACACCGGACAGCCCUUGUACGACUAAUGAAGUCGCUUGCAUCAAUGGAAAAUUCGCCAAAUGUGACCAAAGCAAAUUCGUUCUCUUUGAAUGUGGGCCAACUUUGAGUUGUUUCGCUCUUCCGCUUGUAAAUUCCCGUGGCACCUCAGUAACUUGCGAUACAACAUCAGACGCUAAACAGCGUAUUGCCCUUGCUUUCCAAUGCAGAGGCUUUACCGGUUAA